AACCAAAAACUUUUCCUCUGAGCAGACUGAAGGAGGUGGCUUUUCUUUUUCAUUCUUUUUUAGAUGUAAUGAUUUGACUACGCAAACAAGUACAUUGAUGAUCACAAUCUAUUGUCUAUUGCGCGACUGUGUACAAACCACUGCUUUAUUGAUCUGACUGCAUUUCUGCUCCCUUAAAGCAGGAAGACACAAAGAUCAGCUGACAUUGGAGGUUGUAGUUGAUCAUUGACAGGCAACUCCAAUUUAUUUUGUACAGUGAUGCUGCUAGGCAGCACUUCACUUCCUUCUAAGGGACUGUGACUACUUGUCAGCUGCUGUUUCUAGCUCUAUCGAACCAUGCACCCCUACCACAGCUCUCAGUCCAGACUGGACCAUCUCCUCUCUGAAGGUCCGGUUGGUCAUGGCCACCUCGGGUCACCCACAUCUCUGCUGCUGUGCCCGCCCGGGCAUUCAGCAUCAACGUUAAUGAGCCGCUACAAGGAAUCUACACAGCCAUGUCCAUCUACAAGCCGAGACUGGCAUUGUCCAGUCUGCUUGCAGACGGCCAGCUUCCCAGUCCAGACAAACUGCGGCCAUUUGUUCUGUGCUCCCUGUCUGAUCACCUACUGGAGACAUGGGUCCUGGUUGGAUGCAAUAAGCUGCCCUCUCUGCAGACAGAAGGUCAGCGUGCUGUGCAACCUAUUUAACGAGAGUCGGUUGGACCGCCAGUCGAAGGAAGUUCUUGGGGAAAUCACAGACUACAACAAACGUUAUUCUGGAGCCCCGCGAAGGGUAACAGACUACCUAUGUGACGCGCCCCUUCUCCUGCAGUUACUGGCCCGUGGCCUGGGCACCAUGGGAGGACUCGUGUGGUUGUUUUUCUUCAGGGUGGCCCUGUGCUGUGUGGGAACCGUGCUGUCCAUCUCCCACCCUCCUCUGGACCCGGUCUCCUCAUCAGCAAACCCGCUGGAAACAGACCCCUCCCUGUGUGGACUGCUGGGGGUCCUAGAUGACCUGGUGGUGGUCAUCCUGCUCCUUAUGUGCGUUAUCAACAUCAACCAGCAAAUGGCACCAGAGAGCAGAGGACACUCUGCAAAUGUUGCGUCACAACGAGUAAGAGGGAAUUCACUGUAGACAGAUGCUGCUGGAGUCAGUACAAGCCGUAUGAUAUGGACUUUUAUUGGAUUUCUUCCUUUUGGCUGUAGCUAGUUGGAUAAGGGGAUGCAAGAAUAUUGACAGCCGCGAUGUUAGAUGGCAUCUGAGCCUCUCAGACUCCAGGCUUGUUUGAGUGUUUACAGAGCCUAUGCAAGAGUGCUAUCUAAAGUACAAUGUUAUGCAGUGUGCUGGUUUAGCUGUGGUUACAAAUUUGUAUUCCUUAAACUCCUAAGGCUUGACAGUGUGGCUUGGAUAUAUUUAAUCCAUAUCAAAUAAGCAAAAUAGUCAGUUUAAAUUGCCAUUUCCUCCUUUACAUUUUAAUUAUAAUCCAUAUUUUUAACCAGAAACAACUGUCCACUGUCAUUUUUACUCCAAACUGGGCAGCAACUGUGCCAAUUUGUUUCAGCAAGUGGGAGACAAGUAUUCUUGUCAGUACUGAACUAAUGGCAUCUGUGUAAAUACUUGAUAUUGUAUGAAUUCUGUUGCUGUAAAAUUCAUGUUUUGUGUAAAAUAAAGUAUAUUUAUUGACUUUA